AUGCUCUCGUCGUCCUCUUUUCUGCUCUUCAUAUUAAUCAUUUCUGCAAAUCCUUGUGUAAGAGCCUAUAAUGAAGGAGGCAAUGGAAUAGCAGAAGAGUUUGAAGAUGUCAAAAGAUCAGAUUUCCCAGCUGGAUUUCUCUUCGGUGUUUCCACUUCUUCAUAUCAAAUUGAGGGUGCAAUUCUUGAAGAUGGAAAGAGCCUUAGUGACUGGGAUGUUUUUGUCCGCAAAAUUGGUAAUAUAAAGAAUGGAGACACCGGAGAUACAGCAACUGACCAUUACCAUCGUUACAUGGAAGAUAUUGAGAUAAUCCAUUCCCUUGGGGUGGAUGCUUACCGUUUCUCCAUUUCCUGGCCAAGGAUACUUCCAAAUGGGAAAUCCGGUGGUGUUAAUGCAGCUGGAAUCAUGUUCUACAAUAGUAUUAUUGAUAACCUUUUACUCCGAGGCAUUCAGCCAUUUGUGACAAUUUACCACUGGGACAUGCCUCAAGUGCUUAGUGACAAAUACGGGGGCUGGCUCAAUCCUCUGAUUCAGGAUGAUUUCCUCCAUUUUGCUGAAACAUGUUUCAAGAAUUUUGGUGAUCGGGUGAGGUAUUGGGUGACCAUAAAUGAACCAAAUACAGUUGCAGAAUGCGCCUAUGAAUGGGGAAAACAUCCUCCAGGUCAUUGCUCCCCUCCUUUGGGCAACUGUUCAGCUGGUAAUUCAGAUACCGAGCCCCUAAUUGCAGUGCAUAACAUGUUACUUGCACAUGCCAAGGCUUCCAAACUCUAUCGCGAGCAGUUUCUGCCCAAACAAGAAGGUGUAAUAGGAAUGGUGCUCCACUCGUUUAUGUUUGAACCAUUAACUGAUGAUGAGCAUAACAAGGAAGCUGCAGAUAGGGCUUUGGCUUUUAAUCUGGCUUGGGCUUUGGAUCCUCUCGUGUUUGGUGAUUAUCCUCCAGAAAUGCGUCGAUACCAUGGGAAUGAGUUACCCAAAUUCACAUCAGAGGAGAGACUGCUCAUAAGGGAUAGCAUUGACUUCAUUGGACUAAACCACUAUUCAACUCUUUAUGCCAAGGAUUGCAUACACUCAAGUUGUUCCUGCUCUGGCUCUGCCUGUCUCCCCGGUGGAGACCGUGCCAUCCUAGGCUUUGUCUCCACAUCUGCAGAGAAUGGUGGUGUUUUGAUUGGAGAACCUACAGGGAUGCCUAGAUUCAGUGUUGUUCCAAGAGGAAUGGAAGAGAUUGUAGACUAUACAGUGAAUCGAUACGAUAACAAGCCCAUUUUUAUUACUGAGAAUGAUAAAUUUGCACCUGAAGUGCAAGUAGAUCUAUGUUUUUCCAGUUUUACAUGUCAUGUUGUCUCAAAAACUGCUACCUUGUCAUUUCUUAUUUUAGCUAUUACCAGACAAUAA